UCUCAAUAACAAUCUUCAUUAAGCUUUGGUCUGGUUCAAUUCGAAGUGUGGACAAUGGCUGAUAGCAUAGCUACACGAUGGAGGGAGCUUAAUGGCGAGGACAACUGGAAGAACCUCUUGGACCCUCUUGACAUUGACCUGCGGCGAAUCAUCAUUCACUACGGCGAAAGGGCUCAGGCCACCUAUGACACCUUCAACAGUGAGAAGGCCUCCAUGUUCGCCGGAAGUAGCCGGUAUUCAAAGGCCAACUUCUUCUCAGGGCUGUUUCUGGAAAAGGGAAAUCCAUACAAAUACAAUAUAACGAAAUUCUUGUAUGCUACAUCCCGAAUAGAUGUUCCAGAUGCAUUUAUCAUCAAGUCAUUGUCGAGGGAAGCGUGGAGCAGAGAGUCGAAUUGGAUGGGCUAUGUCGCAGUGGCCACAGAUGAAGGGAAGGCCGUGCUUGGCCGGAGGGACAUUCUGAUUGCGUGGAGAGGGAGCGUGCAGGCCUUGGAAUGGAUCGACGAUUUCGAAUUCAACUUGGUUUCGGCGUCUGAGAUACUGAGGGCCAAAACUGAUGCAAAGGUGCACCAGGGUUGGUUAUCCAUCUACACUUCUGACGACCCAAGGUCACCCUACAAUACAACCAGUGCUAGACAACAGGUUUUGGAAGAGGUGAAGAGGCUAGUGGAGGAAUUCAAGGACGAGGAAAUCAACAUAACCAUAACCGGCCAUAGCUUGGGCGCGGCACUUGGAAUACUGAACGCAGUAGACAUUGUGGCCAAUGGAUUGAACAAGCCCACCGACCAUCCCGACAAAGCCUGUCUAGUUACUGCCUUUCUCUUUGGCUGUCCCCUCGUCGGAGACGCCAACUUCCGAAAUGUCUUCUCCAUUUUGAAUUCCACCCAACAUCUUCGACUUUUACGUAUUCGUAACGCCAUAGACGUCGUGCCCAACUAUCCACCAAUGAUCGGCUAUACCCAAGUUGGGGAAGAGCUGGUGAUUAACACCGAUACGUCACCGUUCUUGAAGGAAUCAGCGGAGCCAAUGAGCUGGCACAACUUAGAGAUCUAUCUGCAUGGAAUUGCAGGAACUCAAGGCAGUUCAGUUCUUCCUGCAACCACCAAUAAAACACGGACGCGAUCCCGGUCUGGUUCAAGUUCGAGUUCAAAGCACCCUGUGAUCCACCAUUUGAUGGGUUUAGCGUGUCCAUGUUUUGUUGCUGCAGCGAGCUCUGCUCAAGGGACUAGUGAAGGUGGUGAAUUCAAGCUGGUGGUUAAGCGUGAUAUCACGCUGGUGAACAAAGUGAUGGACGCACUGAAAGAUGAAUUUCAUGUGCCGGCUAAAUGGUGGUGCGAGAAGAACAAGGGGAUGGUUCAAGAAGACGAUGGGUCUUGGAAGCUGAUGGACCACGAAUCAGAUGCUCUUGAGUUCUGAAUGUUCAUCAUCCAUUUA